UACUACUCGCUGCUCAGCGUCGAGCCGCACGCCACUCCCGACGAGAUCCGAAAAGCGUACCGCAAGCUGGCGCUGCGAUUCCAUCCGGAUAAGAAUCCCGACGCGGGCGAAACCUUUCAGAAGAUCUCGACGGCGUACGCAACGCUGUCCGACCCGCAGCGGCGGCAAGUGUACGACCGCUUCGGCGAG